AUGACCAAGGACAUAAACAGUCCGACGAGCCCGGAGAUGGAGUGGAUGGAAUACCGGGUGACCAAGCUAAUUCAGUUAGCCCUCCGACAGGAACAGAUGAUCACGGCGUUGAAGCAGGACGUGGUACUACAUCUCUUCAUUCGGUCGGGCCCGGAGGGUAUGAUCCCGGUGUUGUGCGACUCUGCAGAAAAGUGGAGAACGAUGAAGGAGGAGUCGCCAGAGAAACUCACCUUUUCCUUGAAGCUGGCCAUGUUCAAGCAAUUGCUCAUCUCCUUGCACCAGAGACUCACGGAGACGGCCAAGGAUGCGGAAGCUAUGGCGAAGGCCAAAAGCUUGAACUGGGUGGACGAUCAGAAUCAGUGGAAGCACCUGAAGUGGAACAACACGACUCAGGCGCUCGAAGUGGAUUCCACUCUUCGCCCGAUCCCCACCUCGGAUCUACUGGCUCAACUCGUCAAUGUGCGCAAGGCUGUAACCGAGGAAUCCCUGCUACGAUUCAAGUCAGUACGAAAACUGACCCCAGAAGUCACCUCGGACUGGAUCCAAUUCCAGAUCAUCAUCUCGAUGAGACAGGAGGGUGGAGCUCUGUGGAGCACCUUGACCCAAUGGAUCGGGCAGGCAGCAUGGCACACCUUGGGAUGCAGAUUGCGAAAGGAUCGCCCGGCCUACGACAACCUUGUUCGUCUACAUUACGGCACCUUCCCGCUGCCGGUGUCGGCCCUCAGCAUGUUGUGCAAGUCGGAUCGGGUAUCUGCUCCCGCUGCCUCCUCUGCUCUCAAGGUUCUGAAGCUCCUGCCCUGGAGUGUCCUGCUUCAGGCAUGGAACAAUGUGCAUCAGCAGCACGAUGCUGCGGAACUUACCACGUAUUUGCUGCCCAGGUUUGGAGAUAUGGGUAUGCAUGGAUGCUGGGAGGCACGGAACUAUGCAGUUCACGGAGUCACUACCCUUGACUCCGGACCGUUGGGACAACCAAUUGCGAUAGUCCCAAAUGAAGGAGAUGUUAUUCACCUUCAGCAGUCUGUGGAGGGGUGGUGUGCUCAGACAACUGCGAAAUAUGCCAUGACUCGUGCAGCUCGCAUCCUGUGUCUCCAACUGCUGCGAUACAGGAACCUGGAGGGGACCAUUGCCAGAGACGGCCGUGCACUUGUGGGGUUCAGCGAUGGUAUCUGGAUGCCUGUAUUCACAGAUGCACACAACAUGCAAGUACGAUGGAUUCGCUACCAGGUCACUGCAGCUCAACUUCACUUUGGUGAUGCACCAACCAGUGGACAUUAUCGCACUCUGCUGUAUGGACAAAAAGGUUUUGCAGCCUGCAGAUACUGGAUUACGGAUGAUAACCAUGUGGCACAACCAGCUGAGCAAUCACACUAUGCAGAUGCGAUGUAUUUGCUCUGGCUGCGGCAGGAUGACUGCAAUGGGACAACGCAGAGCCCAUAA